CAUAUUGCCACACAUAAUCAAUUAUCCUCCCAACUAAAAGUCUCAAUACAAAUCUCAUUCAAAACAUCAAAAUCAUGUCUUUGGGGUUCCUAAGGUUUGUGUUCUUGUUCAUCAUCCUCAUCCUAGGGACCGCUCCUAGAAAAUCUGAUGGAGAAUAUGAUGAGGAGUGGUGCGUGGCGGACGAGCAGACGCCGGACGAGGAGCUGAGGGAAGCAAUGGAUUGGGCAUGCAGGAAUGGCGCAAACUGCAGAAUGAUUGAAGAGGAGCAGCCAUGCCAUGAGCCCAACACAAUGAGGAACCAUGCCUCUUAUGCUUUCAACAGCUACUUUCAGAAGAUGAAGAACAGUGGUGGAAACUGCUACUUCAAUGCUGCUGCUAUGGUCACUUCCCUUGAUCCUAGCUAUGGCUCAUGCAAAUUUGAAGUUGUUUAAUAUCAUGAUUCAACACAAGCGGUGAAGAUGUCAUGGUGUUCCUCAAUAGGCCGGAUUAUAGGAUUGCACUGCUCCUAAAAAUCUUUUCUGUUUUGAAUUUUUUUGAUACUUUUUAACUAUAAAUUAAACAUAAUCUAAAUAAAUAAAUGAUAUAAAAAUUUGAUAUAUUAAAAGUAUAUCUUAAGAUGAACCCAAUUAUAUUGAAUACAUACAAUAAAUAAAUAUAUUUUUCUUACAUUUUGCGGCUAAAGAGUGUCACUAUAUGACCACAAAAGUCAAAAUAUAAAAAUUUUUAGGACCAGAGGGAGUAUUAUUAGACUGAUUAUUUUCUUUUAAAAAUUAACUAAUUAUAGUUUGUUUUCUUGAUCCAUAGUUUAAGAUGAACGGUUUUAUUGACUGUUUGAGGUUCUAAAAAUAAAACAGCCCUAUAUAUUGAUAAAUUUCUCUUUGAAUUGAAUGGAAAAGCUUUAAUAUCAAGCUUUUUGAAACAAAUUGUAAAGAUCGCU